AGUCAGAGGCUGAAGUCACCGGUGAAGCUUUUCCCCCGCCGCAGUGUGUGUGUGGGGGGGUGGGAAUGGCUGCCCCCCCCAAAAGGAUGCACCAACAUCCGUGAGCGGGAUUUUUGGGGGAGCGGAGCCACCCCGCGCCGGGGCAUGAGACCGGGCAACUCGUCACACAGGUCCGGCCCUUCCAUGGCUUCGGUGAAAGCAGAGAAGAGGGUGGCUUCGUCUAUCUUCAUCACCCUGGUGCCACCCCGGAGAGAGGUGGCCAUCAAAGAGCCAACCCCAAGGGAGACGCGGCCGGUCGGUGCCGAGGUCCCGGCCACCCGUGGCCCCCGGACCCCCCCGGUCCCCAACGGAGGUCAAUCAGCGCCACUGCAAAGCUGUCGGGGUGUGAUUGCCACGGGGUGUCACGGGACAUUACGGCCCCCCACAAACCCACCGCAUCCGGCUUUCACUGCAGAAACCCACCCGGCAGCCCCCGUGCCUUCAUCCCCACCCGUCCUCCUCCUCUCUGAUGCCCCCCAGCCCCUGUCGGCGGAGGCGCUGAGUCAGACCCUGCAGCAACUGGACCUGGCGGCACCCACCACCCUCCAGGCCCCGUCUGAGUUCCCUGCCGAAUUGAGGCCACCCAAAUCUUGCCAGGAACAAGAAGAGAAGCCCCAAUGGCAGGAUGCAAACGGGUACCCGGAGAAGGAUGGCUCCAGAGAUAUCUGUGCCUUCUGCCACAAGGCGUUGGGGCCGCAGGAGCCGGUGGUGGAGGCCAUGCACAAGCAGUACCACGCCGACUGCUUCACCUGCCGGACCUGCCACCGGCGCCUGGCCGGCCAGCGCUACUACCAAAAAGAUGGACGUCCCACCUGCGACACCUGCUACCAGGCCACGCUGGAGAAAUGCGCCAAGUGCCAGGGGGUGAUCACCGAGUGCAUCAUCCGUGCCCUGGGCAAGGCCUACCACCCCGACUGCUUCUCCUGCGUCGCCUGCGGACGGGCCAUCGGCGCCGAGACCUUCGCUGUGGACGAGCAGGAUGAGGUCUUCUGCGUGGAUGACUUCUACAGGAAAUACGCAGCGGUUUGCGGCGCCUGCGAACAGCCCAUCGUCCCCCGUGGGGACAAGGACACCUACAAGAUCGAGUGCCUGGGACGCAGUUUCCACGAGGGCUGCUACCGCUGCGAGAGCUGCAGGACGCCCCUGUCGCCGGAGCCGACGGAGAAGGGGUGCUACCCCCUGGGCGACCACCUCCUCUGCAAGUCCUGCCACGUCCGCCGGCGCAACGAGUCGUCCUGCUGAAAACCCCGCGGCUCCACCUCCCUCUUCCAGCGCCGGACACCCAAAAAAAUAAGGGUUCACCCACCAGGAUGCACCCUGCCGCCGGUCCCGGGUGCCCACUGCACCCCCAAAUAGCUGCAGGACUGGAGUUUUCCUCCCCAAAACAUACCCAGGACCCCCAUCUGUGGGGCUGGCCAGGCAGAUACAACGUCCCAGCACUCGUCAUGAGUGUAAAAAGCCCUGACAGAGCAGCGGUGGUGGAGGAGCCGAGGUUAUAUUCACUUAUUUCUUUUUUUAAACUCCUUUUCUGAGGCCAGUUUGGUUUCCUUGGGUGUUUUUUUUUUUUUCCUUUCAAGAGUUUCCUUGGAGUUCCACUUAAAACGUUUCUCCCUGCGGUGACGCAGAGAACAGGCACUGAUUUACUCGCAGUUAAAUAAAAACCCCGAGUUUAAAA